AACCGAAACAGGAAGUGGGCUAGGAUCCCUCGAAACCAGCAUCAACUGCUAUCUUCUGCGCGUCCGAGCGACCCACGACCCGCGACUCGCGGGUGCCCGACCCCUGUCCUGAGUGUUACCGGCCCCUCCCCUUCCUCCCACCCGGUGAACUGGAGAGAUCAUGUCGAACAUGGAGAAACACUUAUUUAACUUGAAGUUUGCUGCAAAAGAACUGAAUAGGAAUGCCAAGAAGUGUGAUAAAGAAGAAAAAGCUGAAAAGGCCAAGAUAAAAAAGGCCAUUCAGAAGGGCAAUACAGAAGUUGCCAGAAUACAUGCUGAAAAUGCAAUCCGUCAGAAAAACCAAGCAAUCAAUUUCUUGAGAAUGAGUGCUAGAGUUGAUGCUGUGGCAGCCAGAGUUCAAACUGCAGUAACAAUGGGCAAGGUGACAAAAUCCAUGGCAGGUGUAGUUAAAUCUAUGGAUGCUACACUGAGGAGUAUGAACCUGGAGAAGAUUUCUGCCUUGAUGGACAAAUUCGAACAUCAGUUUGAAACAUUGGAUGUUCAGACCCAGCAAAUGGAAGAUACAAUGAGUAGCACUACUACCCUCACAACGCCACAGAACCAAGUGGAUAUGCUGCUUCAGGAAAUGGCAGAUGAAGCUGGCCUUGAUCUCAAUAUGGAACUACCACAGGGUCAGACAGGGUCUGUUGGUGCAAGUGUUGCUUCUACAGAACAGGAUGAACUGUCACAGAGACUUGCUCGUCUUCGUGAUCAAGUGUAACUCAAAUAACUGGUGCUUCUGUUUCCUCCACAUAUUUCAGAAACAUCAUUUAUGUGUGUAUAGAUAGAUAGGUUGUAUUCUAGUUAUAAAAACAUCAUCCAUGACAGGAUGUUUGAACAUCAUUUACAUAUGAUGCUUUCUUUUGCCUUGUGGAUUUCACAGUGCAUUGAGAAAUUCUAGGGAAUUUCCAUAUUGGCAGAUUUUAUAGUUCUAUAUAUUAUGUGUAAAAGUGUGAGGGACAUAUUUUUGUAGAUGUCUUUGGCAAAGCUAGCAUUAGUUUUCUGUAUAUUAUACAUCUUCCUCAAAUAUUAGAGCAAACAUCUAGCACCAAAGUACUUCUAAGUAAUUUUGUCCAAAUAACAUAUAGAAUAAAAGCCUUGUUUUUACUUAUUGAAAGUAACUUUCAGUUAUUGUCUGUGAUGAAAUAUGAUUUUGUAAAAAUAAAAACAGGGAAAGCAUGUUCAUUU